AUGGCGCCCCGUCGUCGCCGUGGCGCCGCCGACGAUGCUGGCGACGAUGCCGCUUCAGAAACGGAUGCGCAUAAGAACCGCCCGCCCAACACAGCGUUUCGCCAGCAGCGCAUGCGCGCUUGGCAGUGUGUGCUGACGCCUAAACUCAUUGUCACCAUUUUCUCGAUCCUGGCUGCCAUUUACCUUGGAUUCGGCGCCUACCUGACGUAUCUGGCUUAUACGGUCCGAGACCUUAAGAUCGACUACACCGAUUGUCAGACAGCUGCGACCGGAAAGUUCCAACCGCUGCCAAAAGAGCACAUCACCGCGCACUUUUCCAAGACCGACAGCAACUAUGACCCCUACCAAGCCGAGUGGAUGAAGGAAACCGUGAGUGUGCAGGAGGACGACCGCCAGGUCUGCCUCAUCAAGUUCAACAUUCCGGAAGAGCUCCAAUCUACCAUCAGCUUCUUUUACAACCUAGAGAACUUCUACCAGAAUCACCGUCGCUAUGUCAACUCGUUCAACGCCAAACAACUACUCGGCGACGCCGUCGAUGGCGGCACCAUCAAUGCCUCCACCUGCGAUCCCAUUGCGCACGAUCCGAAGGGAAGCGGCAAGAUCAUCUACCCGUGCGGUCUCGUCGCCAAUUCAAUUUUCAAUGACACGUUCUCGUCGCCCGUCCUACUGUCCGUCCCGGGCUCCAAUGCCGCAAAUGAGACGUACAAGAUGAGCACCACCGGGAUCGCCUGGGGCGGUAUGAAGGACCUCUACGGACCGACAAAAUACAACCUGGACCAGAUCGUGCCGCCGCCGAACUGGGAAAAGCGGUACCCGAAAGGAUACACUAAGGAUAACCCGCCGCCGGAUCUCAGCAAGGACGAGGCCUUCCAGAACUGGAUGAUGCUGGCCGCGGCGCCCAACUUCUACAAGCUCUACCAGAAGAAUGACAACGACGCCAUGAAGGAGGGCCAGUACCAGAUCAACAUCGAGGACAACUUCGACACGACCAAGUACAACGGUCGCAAGGCGUUUGUGAUCACCACAAUCUCUACCAUGGGUUCGCGCAACAUUUGGCCGGGGAUAAUAUUCUUGAUUGUCGGUGGCAUCUGCCUCAUCCUCGACGUUUACUUUAUCCUCUCCUUCUUCUUGUGGAAACCGCGCAAGCUGGGCGAUCCGUCCUAUUUGUCGUGGAACCAGCCGUCCGCGCCUCAGGGACACGGAUCGUCAUAA